ACCAAAAGCAAACAAUCUAUCUAAAGCCAUCUUCACAUUUAUAACUGCUCUAUUAUUCCUAAUAUAUCAUGACAAGUCUUUUCAAAACCCUCCCCAUUAUCCCUUUCCUCUUAAUAGCCCUCAUCUUUCCUUUGUCCAAUGCAGCCAGGUUCGAAAUUCGGAACAACUGUGGUUACACCGUCUGGGGUGCCGCCGUGCCUGGCGGCGGCAGGCGGCUCAACCGCGGAGAGACCUGGACCAUCAACGUGAGCCCAGGCACAAAAGGCGCUCGCAUUUGGGCCCGAACCAACUGCAACUUCGACGGCGCAGGGCGAGGCAGUUGCCAGACAGGGGACUGCGGUAGGGUCCUAGAAUGCAAAGCCUACGGCCAGCCACCCAACACCCUGGCGGAAUACGCGCUGAAUCAGUUCAACAACCUCGAUUUCUUCGACAUCUCGCUCGUCGACGGGUUCAAUGUUCCGAUGGAGUUCAGCCCCACGUCCGACAGGUGCAGCCGCGGGAUCCGGUGCACCGCCGACAUCAAUGGGCAGUGUCCCAGAGAGUUAAAAGCACCCGGCGGCUGCAAUAACCCUUGUACUGUCUUUAAGACGGAUCAGUAUUGUUGCAAUUCUGGCAACUGUGGGCCCACCAACUUCUCUAAAUAUUUCAAGGAUAGGUGCCCUGAUGCUUAUAGUUAUCCGAAGGAUGAUCAAACUAGCACUUUUACGUGCCCUGGUGGGACCAACUACAAGGUCGUGUUCUGUCCUUGAAGUGCAUAUAUAAUUUAUAAGUACUGUGGCUUCUCGGCAUAAAUAAAACUAGAAUCUGGAGCAUAUGUAACGAUCAGUUACGAAAGAUUGUGAUAGUUAUGUAUUAAAAUAAUGGGAAAAUAAGGAUGUUGGUGGCUCGAUCUUCUUUCUAAUGGGAUGAUCAUGUGACCACAACGUUUAAUAUAUACAUAUAUAUAAUCCUAUCAAGCUCAUAGAUCAUCUUUCCAUUUAUGGACUGUUCAGCUGUUAACUUCAUAAUAUAUAAAAUCCUAUCUUAUAGAAAUGUAAAUAUCGUUUCUUAGUUUAUGUUGGGGGUGGAAAAAUCGUUGUCU